AUGAAUGCAGCGGUGGCCGGCUGGCUUGCGGCGCCGGCGCACCACGCACACACUCGCCCAGGAAUUCCUUCAGGCCUUACAGUGCUGUUAUUGACGGCUGGUCUUUGCCCAUUCGCUCUUCUGGUUGCUGUUGCUUCAGUUCAGAUCACGGCAGAAGGACCUAAGAAAAAGAUCCGCAUACAUCUACCGCAAAAAGUGAAGCACAUACACCAUCAUAAGAAGAUUUACAUAACGAACCACCAAGCACCCUCACAGUAUGCGCCAGCCUUCUUACCAGGAGUGAAGGGUGCGGUGGCACUACCGUCGAACGUCGCGAGGCCGGCCGUGGCUAGCAUCGUACCCCUCAACUCAGUGGAGUUGUAUGACGAGACGCGGCCUCGCCUGCAGGGGGUAUCACCGGCUGCAUCUAAACUGUUACCACUGUAUCGCGCGCGCGGUCACUACGGACCCAAUCACUCGGAUUGGGACGAACAAGAGUACGACUUGUCGCCUCCGCCAGAGCCUACCGACAUUUAUGGACCAUCAGGGUACUCAGCACCAUCGGCGCCAGGACCUUCGAUUCAACCUACAUCGCCAACAAAGAAAAUAAAACUUGUGAAGGUGACCGACGCGCCUCGUAAAAAAGUUAUUCGGAAAGUAAAACCCAAACGCGUCAUAGUUAGAGGCAGACCGCAACCACCGGCGCAACCACUGUCAGAGGAUGAACAUCCGGUAUCAUCUUUCCAUGAACAAUUUUAUUCCGAUUUGGAAGAAGCUGGGACCAUCAGAAAAAUUAAGAAACCACCACGAAUUGAAAAGAUCAUCGACGGAGACACUGAACACAUUCACACUUAUAGUGAAGAACAUAUCCAUAAAGUAGUGUUUGAUGACGAACCUAAGGUGACCGGCGUUGUGGGAGUGGACCCCAUCGGCAGUAUGUCAGCCCUCAAUGCUGCGCACCCUCUGAUCCCUAUCAAGAACGCUCAGACGUUAGUAGCGAUUCCUACAGAUUCAUUUGCAGACUUGGCAGUGAUGGGUUCCAUGGGUACACCAUCUCAUCUUGAAUUCGCUUCUUAUAAUCCGCGUGAAGUAACUCAUGAUCACAUUUUCCAUGACCAUGGUGAAAUUCCACCUGGAGUGGAUAUAACUAAAGAGGGUUUAAGAUUGCCACCCAAAGUCACUUAUGACAAGCAUGGAUUGAGAAUCACUAACGAUCAUUCAAAACGACAUCAAGGUAAACGGUACGGUAAACCCACAAAACCUAACCACGAUUUUACUUAUUAUGAAAGUCUAUUCGCUACUCCUAAUCAGAGGCCAAAGAAGGUUCCGAAACCUACACACCCUACCCCAUAUUAUGAUGGGUCGUCAGAGUCGAAUAUAAAUAAUUUUAGACCUAUUCCAGCCUUUAGAUUUAAAGAUUCUAAAAGAAAAACAAAGGCACGCCACUAUGGAUAUAAACCUCUGCCUAACUUCCAACUUAAGCAAGCGAGUGUUCCAGCCCCAUUCGCCGUAUCGUCGACAAUCGUUCAUGAGUAUGAUCCGAAAAAUUACGGUGGGACUGGACCUGCUCCUACGGGAUUUUCGAAAUUUAGAGAUCCUUUGAUAGAUUUCAAAGAUAGUUACUCGAGUGAUUUUGAUUAUGAUACGUUUGCUUCGUCUUCCAAUAUCCAUACGUCCGAAGAUAAAACUGAUGGAAAGGGCAAAAAGUCCGUGUCAACACAAAAUAUAAGUUUCGGAGGGCAAGACCGUCAAACAUACGUAGAUCAUCUAGAAGGUUCGGCCUCUAAUAAUGCGGCUGUAUCUAUAAGUGACGAAGCACCGACUGCUCUCGAAGGCAGUUUCACAAAUUUUGAUCAAACGACAGAUUCGGCUACUCCAACGCCAUACACGAUAAAAGAAACUUCCCCUGCACAUCAGUACUACACGGCUAUGGCACUAAAGGCUCUGCAUAGUGAGCAACCUGAUGUGUCAAAUGAUGAUAUGCAGUAUGAGUCGCCGACCCCAUCGUCUGAUCCCACCGAGUCACCGGUUGCAACCACUACACCUAGUCAGACCCUUCACUUCUACAAGAUACAAAGUACAGACGCGAUACCUGAACCUGAGUAUAUUACAGAAACGAGAUUAGGCAAACGACGUAGAGAAAAAAAUAAAGGAGAGCAUAGGCAAAGGUACAAUGCUGUAUUUAAAGAGUUAGUAGCGGGAUAUCAGAACGGCGAACAACCGCCGCAUACGCAUGGACUGCGGCAAGCUGAGAAUAAAUAUUUCCGUACCACAGAUUCUUCCAGUGUCAGAGAGAGCCCCAAGUAUGGUGACAAAAUUUAACAAACAUGGACCUGAAUAUACUUAGUGCUAUUUAAGAUAGUUAUAGAUAUUCGUGAUCUUAGUUCUAUGUAUUUUUACACUUUAUACGUAGAGUGAGAUGGUGCCCAAAUUCUGUUGCUAUGUGAAUAUUUUUUUCUUUACCACUAUGUAUAGCUGUAAUAAUCUAGUCCGAUUAUCACCAGCUAUACAUAGAGCGCGCGACGA